CCCCCGGGGAGCUGCUGGCCAGGGGUCAGGGGUCUGGGGUCUGUGGGAGCUGAGGGCUGGCACCUCCCACGCUCCCCCCGGGAACCAUCAGGACAUGAGGGUCAUAGGCCUCCCUCUGUCCCCUGUUCCUGAUUGUCCCGAAUGCCCCCACCCCGGCAGUGCUGGUCCCCAGGCCCUGACUGUCUCAAGGAGCCAAUCUGAAAAGAUGCAGGCCGGUGGCAGCCGCCCCACAGAGCGGAGGCCGGGUGUGCGGGGGAAGAGAUCACGGCAAACCCAGGUGCAGGAGCCCCUCAUGGAGCCCCCAGGCAAGCAGCCCCCGCAGGAGCCCCCCGGGGAAGAGUCCCCGCCUGAGGACUCGGGCCUCCAGACAGCACCCAGCACGCACAUUCUCUAUGUGGGCCACCUGAACCCCCAGUUCUCAGUGCCUGUGCUCACGUGCCUGCUACGGGACGCCCUGGAGCGGCUGGAGCUGCCGGUGGCACGCGAGCACAUCGAGGUGGUGAGGCGCCCACGGAAGGCCUGUGCACUGGUGCAGGUGGCCGCCCACGAGGCCACACUGGCCUCCCUCCCCUGGCGCCUGCAGACAGCCCUGGAGGAGCACCAGAUCCCCGAGGAGCUGGCGGCCCGUGGCAAGGAGCUGGUGCUGGCUGAGGGCCCGGGGCCCUGGAGCCGCCGGGCGCAGGAGAAGGACAGCGGCCCGAGCCCCCGCCCCAACCCCAGACCCACCCACGGCACCCCAGGGCGGGCCCUGCAGAGGUCCCGGAGCCAGCCGGGUGGCACGCGCUCCGACAGCGCCAUCGUGCACCAGGAGAUCGUGGGCCAGGAGCGCCUCUUCCAGGGCGCCUUCCUGGGCAACGAGACGCGCAGCGUGGAGUUCAAGCGCGGCGGUGGCGAGUACCUGAGCCUGGCCUUCAAGCACCACCUGCGGCGCUACGUGUGCGCCUUCCUCAACAGCGAGGGCGGCAGCCUGUUCGUGGGCGUCGAGGACAGCGGCCUGGUGCAGGGCGUGCGCUGCAGCCACCACGACGAGGACCGCGUGCGCCUGCUGGUGGACUCCAUCCUGCAGGGCUUCCAGCCCCAGGUCUUCCCCGACGCCUACACACUCUCCUUCAUCCCGGUGGUCAGCACCUCCGCCUCCAGCACGCCGCUCAAGGUGAUCCGCCUGAGCGUGCACGCCCCCAGGGCCCAGGCCGAGCCGCAGCUCUACGAGACCGACCAGGGGGAGGUGUUCCUUCGGCGGGACGGGAGCAUCCAGGGCCCGCUGUCCGGCCACGCCAUCCAGGAGUGGUGCAGGCAGAAGUGGGCGGCUGAGCUGAGCAAGCUGGAGCAGAGGCUGAAGGUGCUGACGGCAGAGAAGGAGCAGCUCAGGCAGCAGCUGCAGCAGCCUGCACCCGUCUCCUGCACCUGCUGCGUCCUGUGAGGGCCCCGGCACGCGGGUGGGCGACAGAGUGGCGCGGGGAAGGCCAGCUCCACUGGCAGAUGCGGGACUGCCCAUGUGCGCCCAAAUCCUCACCCUGAAAGCCCUCUGGGCUGCUCGGAGGUGGAUGGGAGCGCGGGAGCGCGUCCGUCCAUGCUCCGUCAACAACAGCCCGAGGGCAGGCUUCAAUCCUGAGCGGACCCCGGGCUACGGAGCUGAGGAACUGCUCUCAGCUUGAUCCCCCAGGAACCUUACUUCCAGAAAUAACUGCUAAAAACUCGGCCAGAGCCAUCCCAGGGCCGAGCUGUGAGGGACUGCCCUACUCCCUCAGACGCUCAUUUUGCCCAGGCCGGGGUCUCUGACCCCAGCGGCGAGACAGGCCAGAAAGGAACGUGUCCUCUUGGGAAAGCCCUUCUGCCGAUGGCGAGGCACACUCGGUCACCGGGCACCCAACCCUGGGCUUGCUGGAACUUGUGAUUGUCCCAGCUCUUGAAUAAAUUACA